UUCCGCUACGACACAAUUUCUGGGCGGACUGUAUACAAACCAACGUGUUUGAAUGUGCGGAAGAGAAUUAUUCUUAUUAUUUAGAUAUAUUUAGUUUAGAUAUUAACUUAUUCAAUUCGAAUAUUGCUGUUGGUGCAAUUUACCACGUAGCUAUCGAAGGGCUUUCAAAAGGUUAGCUGUCUGUGUAGAAGGCUAACACCACACAUGACAUUCAUUCGUAAAUAGAGCAUCCCAAUGCUAAUUAGUACAGCGAGCAGAUUUGGUGUUUGGUGCUGUGCUCUUACACCUUCGGUCCGUCUUUUCUCCAGAUCCAGUAACAUGGCCAAAAGUAAGUUUGAGUAUGUGCGCAACUUCGAAGCAGAUGACACCUGUCUGCGGAACUGCUACAUUGUCGUGAGACUGGAUGGUCGCAAUUUUCACAAGUUUGCAGAGCAGCACAAGUUUGCAAAGCCCAAUGACGACAGGGCCUUGGGGCUGAUGAGAAAGAGCGCACGCUCUGUCAUGGAAGAACUGGAGGACAUUGUCAUUGCCUAUGGCCAAAGUGAUGAGUUCAGCUUUGUUUUCAAGCGAUCUUCUACCUGGUUCAAAAGAAGAGCCAGUAAGCUCAUGACCCACGUCGCCUCCCAGUUCUCCUCCUCGUACGUGUUUUACUGGAAGGAGUUUUUUGAGAAUCAGCCCCUCCUGUACCCUCCGGGAUUUGACGGACGUGUGGUCCUAUAUCCAAGCAAUCGUAACCUUAGAGACUACCUUAGCUGGAGGCAGGCAGACUGUCACAUCAAUAAUUUGUACAACACACUGUUUUGGAUGUUAGUGCAACGAAAAGGACUCAGCACAACACAGGCAGAGGAUCGCUUAAAGGGAACAUUGGCUGGGGAUAAAAAUGAGAUCCUCUUCACAGAAUUUGGUAUCAACUACAACAAUGAAUCUGCCGUCCACAAGAAAGGUACCACCCUCAUCUGGGAAAAGCGAGAUGAGACUAUCAUUAAACGCAUAAAGCUGCCAAAUGGGGAGGAAAAGGACAUGCCCGUCACACGCAGCAGGAGGAGGGUAGAGGCCUACCAUUGUGACCUUAUAGGAGAGCAGUUCUGGGAGGAGCACCCAGACAUCCUGGAGGAUGACAACUGCUAACCGAACUUUUCCUGUUGAAAGAGAACAACUCUGAAUGCAUCUGGCCUCAGAGGUAGAAGCGGACCCUUUUAAGCAGCGACUCCAGAGCUACAGCUUUAUAUUGACUUUGUGUCAAAUGACAUGUUACCCAUGAAAAUCCUAUGUAUUCUUACUUUCAUAUAUAAAAAUGUUCCUAAGAUGGAGGAACUUCCCUCCUUUGACUGCAUAAUGAUGUCUGUCAUCUUUAAAGAAAAGCAGAUUGUUUGAAAAUCUUGGUUGUGAGUGGUUUAAUAGUGUGACAUCUAUUUACUCCUGCAUGUGGCUCUCCUAAGGUUGCCUUUCCCAAAAUAUGCCCUCAUCUGAUACCAUGAAUGACAUUUAUAAUACUACCAACACUUGAUCUUUCAGUAUGUUUGACAUAUUUUCUCUUGGCCUCCUGCUCUCAUUCCUCAGGGGUAUUCCACAUGUGUCAAAUCUAUUUUACCUUAAAAUUCUAAUCCUUGAGUUUUAAUACUACUUCUGCAAAGCAUUCCCUUGCAGUAUCCAGUAAGAAAAGAAAUAAGCAGAGUAAAGCCGAAAUCAAUACCUUGACAGGAACUCACGGCCUUGUCUUGAGGCCAGCAUACCAUUUAGAGACGUGAAUGGGCUGCACUGUCAUCAGAGCUAAGAAUACCUCACACACCCUGCAUACACUUUAUCCUUGACAUGUGCACUGCGGGGUAGUUAUCAUCACACUUAUAAAUGACUGGCUCAGUAUGAAUGGCUGCUGGAAGCCUAAACUAGUAGGA